AUGAACGAGUGGACAUAUCACUACGAGAAACAGCAGGGCAGGAACGUGUUUGACGCCGCCGCCAAGGUGCCCACGCUUGAGAGAUUGAUCUUCUCCAGCCUGUCGGAUGCCUCCAAGUGGUCAAAGGGAAAGUACAUGAACGUGAUGCACUUUGAUUCCAAGGCCCAUGCUGCGGAAUACGGCAAGAAGACACACCCCGCGCUGUGGAAGAAGACCAGUUUACUUCAAGUUGGCUGGUAUCUCUCCAACUUUCUCUCGCACCCGUUACUUCAGCCUCGAAAGAAUGAGGAGGGUGUGUAUCAGUACAUCACUGGCGUGCGUGGUGACGUACACCUCCCAGCAAUCGCUGCCGAAGAAGAUACCGGACCAGCCGCGAAAGCGCUGAUUUUGAGCCCCCCUGGAAAACACCUGAUUGCGUACCGGGGAUGGAUUACACUGAACGCAUUUUUCGACCUCUGGAGCCGUGUCCUGGGUGUGCCUGCCGAGUUGGUGACGCUCCCUGAUGGUGAAUCCAUUCCGGGAGUCCCGGAUGAUUUGAAGCAGGAGCUCAUCGAUAACUGGGCUUAUUUCAAUGAAUGCGGAUAUGAGGGUCGCGAUGAUCCGACUGUCAUUCACCCAAGACAGCUCGAGGUUCCGCUGAACUUGCCUUCGGUGGAGGAUUGGAUCCGGCAGCAGGACUGGUCGGGUGUUUUAUAG